CGAGUGCAAUGAUUGAUUCAAAAGAACGAAUGGUAAAUAAGCGAAUUGAGUUGUCCGGCAUUUAUUGUUAAUAAUCAAAAAUACACAAAGCGUAAAAGCUUCGAUAAACAGGCUGAUUAGUGCCCCAAGCAUUAGAGCGAGCCAACAGUAAAUAACAACUAAAGAAAUUGGCAACAGCGAUCCAAGGUCAGGUAGCGCUCAUUGGAAAUAGAAAAUAUACCUUCGCUCGUGAUCGUCGAAAAGAACCCACUCCGAGUACACACGAAUAUUUCGGUUCGCUUUUCUGAGUUGUAAUAUAAUUAAAAAUAACAGUAAAUUUUCGCAAUGGGCAAGGAACAGGACGAAAAUGCAGGCUAUUUGCGCAUCCAAGAUAUUCCCGCGUUGAAUCAAAGCAACUGCAAAAUGCGUGAUCCAGAACGUGUGGAGAAAAUCAUCAACGAGUUCGUUAGCGGCGGUCCAGAACGGAUGCAAUUUGUUUCAGAUUUCGACUAUACUAUCACUAAACAGCGAACUGAGGAUAAUCUUCCAGUACUGUCGAGCUUUGGCAUUUUCAAUGCCUGCAAAUCGCUGCCAACGUAUUUCAAGGAGGAGUCCGACAAGCUCUUCCACAAAUAUCGACCUAUCGAGAUCGAUCCCCACAUGCCAAUCGAGGAGAAGGUCCAGCACAUGAUCGAGUGGUGGACUCAGUCGGCUAAACUGGCCAGCGGAUUUGCCUUCGAUGAGACCGAAAUCGAGCACACCGCUAGCAAAUUCAAACGUGCGCUACGUGACCAUACGCAUGAGCUUUUUGCGACACUUCUCCGUCUCCAAAUACCGGUGCUCGUGUUCUCCGCCGGACUGGGCAAUUCCGUAGUGUCGGUGCUGCAGCAAGCAAACAUAAUGCAUCCCAAUGUCAAGGUCGUGUCAAACUUUUUGCAGUAUCGCGACGGGGUGCUCGAUGGCUUCCAGCAGCCGAUGAUUCACACCUUCAACAAAAACGAAACGGUAUUGGAUGGCAGCGAGUAUUAUGAGCUUGUACACACACGUGAUCACAUCAUUGUCAUGGGUGACUCUCUCGGCGAUGCGGACAUGGCUAACGGUGUGCCCGCUUCAUCUCACAUCAUGAAAAUAGGGUUUCUAUUUGAUCACGUGGAGGCAAACAUGGAAAAGUAUAUGAAUACCUUUGAUAUUGUGCUUGUGGAUGAUCAAACAAUGGAUGUGCCACUCGCUCUCCUCGCUCUCGUCGAACAGCGUCAUCAGUUACGCCAUCCACACGUAACAAAUGGAGCCUCUGCCAUAGUUCUGCCAAAUGCUGCACUUUGAAUUUACUAAGCGACCACAGAAACCUCCUCUUCUAAGUGCUCAAGUGCUAAUUGUUUAUUAAUGAUAAAAAUGAUAGGAAAACAACAGAAGCUAUUAAUUAGAUGGUUUAGAUAUAAAGUUUCAAUCAUGUUCUACCAUAUUUGUAUAUGUUCGAACUAAGAUACACUAUCAUAAUAAAAUCACAUUGAAGUGAUUAGAAACACA